UGCGGCCUUUCUCCAGCCGAAGCCCGGGAGCUUGGAUGUGUCUUUGACGCGGUUCUGAUGGCCUGGGUGCCGUGGCGAUGUCAUGACGCCAAGCUGAACAGCGAGUUCCUCGCUCGCAAGGACUGGCAAUUUUACGGCGACCCAGACUGGAACUCGACCAGCCGUGCGUUGCCGCUCAGCUACGUCCUGGCCGGCGAGUGGGACAAGAUUUACAUCACCAUCGACUUCAAUCUCUUCCACUGCACAUACACGUGGAGGAAGGCAUGGCAGGCGGCGAUGAAGGGCGACGUGCUAGACGGCUACAUUGGCGACUCGCACCACACGAACCACUGCGAGAUGCUGCUGAUGAGUGACCCGUUGAAGGAGAGGAGUGUAUAUAUGAAAUACGCUGACUGUCCGCGCGUGAGGUAUGACAACGGUCGGUUUGGCUGGUAUCGGGUGAUCAAUCGAAGAAAGAUACAUAGA